AUGGCCGAGCUCCUUCGGUUCCGCUUCGACAAACUCACCUUCUACACGAGCGACCAGUGCUCCGAGGUUCGAAGGGCUGGCCGGCGCGGAAGGCACUCGUGGUUCGACAUGGCCGAGUUCCUGCGGUACCACUUCGACGACGCAAGACGCCUCGACGGAAAGGGGCUCGGGAGCGGGUUCGCUCGGCUCCGGUCGCUUGGCGUGCUCCGGUCCUCGUCGCUGUCCUCGUCGGAAGUGCUGAGCCCCUCGUCCCGUUCGCGUCCCGUGUCGAGCGCUGGAUCGCAGCCGAUGUAG